GGUUCUUUGUGUUUCAACAAGGUCAUGGACGUCGAGUUGUCAACAGCAUUUUGCCCGCUACAACAUCUGUAGAUUUAUAGAUAGCUGAUCAGCAUAGAUCAAAAAUUUUCAAUAUGAGUGAAGACACAGAUGUUGGCAUAUCCCCUGUGUUGCUACAGGCAGUGACAGAAAAGCUAGCCACAUCUACAAACCAUCACAUAAACCACACAGAUACCGUCAUAACAACAGCAGCAGGCAACCUGUCCUCAGACCCAGGGGGAGGAUACAUGGUGGCUUCCUCAGAUCUCCUGGAGACAGCCAGCCACGAGGUGGGAGUCGAAGGUGGAGUUCAGGAGCAAAUAGUAGAGGAGGGAGGCCACGAAGACGGGAUCCAUGAACGGGUGGUGUACCUCGAUCACGGCCCAGAGGGACAGGAGGAGGUGAUCGUGAUGGACAGGCAUGAGAACAAUGGGGUUGAUGAGGUCGCGGAGCAAGUGGUUGAGACCCAAGAUGGUGACAAUCAGACCAGGAUUGUGUUGGAACAAAAGAGUGGACAGAGACUGGUGAUCAGAGUGGAACCUAAUGGUGACAGUGGCGACACCCAGGCAGGGGUGGCCAGGCAACAGAUUAUUAACGUUCAGGGGGAUUUUGAUGUUGGUAAAGUUUUGGCAGCUAUUGCAAACCACCAUGCUAAGAGUCAAGGCGAGAGUGAAAACCAGACCGAGGCGCCGAUUAUACUGAUAGCCAACUCCCAGGAGGAACAACAGCUGUCCGGAGGUGACAUUCCUGUGGCCACCACGGAGACGAUAGUUGACAUGGCAGGUUAUGAAGAUGGGUCGAGGAAGAGAGCAAUGUAUACAAUUAACCAGGAUGGAACUCCUAGCAAAAUGAGAAUCAUUGAAUUGUCCAACGUGGCCUCCCAUAUCAUUAACAGUUCAUCCCCUGCUACAGCUCAGUCUCCGCAGCAAUCCACAAUGGCAGCUAUGUUAGAGAAAUAUGCAGACAAAGGACCAUGUCCUAUUUGCGGGGACAGAAUUUUCAAUAUGAGUGAAGACACAGAUGUUGGCAUAUCCCCUGUGUUGCUACAGGCAGUGACAGAAAAGCUAGCCACAUCUACAAACCAUCACAUAAACCACACAGAUACCGUCAUAACAACAGCAGCAGGCAACCUGUCCUCAGACCCAGGGGGAGGAUACAUGGUGGCUUCCUCAGAUCUCCUGGAGACAGCCAGCCACGAGGUGGGAGUCGAAGGUGGAGUUCAGGAGCAAAUAGUAGAGGAGGGAGGCCACGAAGACGGGAUCCAUGAACGGGUGGUGUACCUCGAUCACGGCCCAGAGGGACAGGAGGAGGUGAUCGUGAUGGACAGGCAUGAGAACAAUGGGGUUGAUGAGGUCGCGGAGCAAGUGGUUGAGACCCAAGAUGGUGACAAUCAGACCAGGAUUGUGUUGGAACAAAAGAGUGGACAGAGACUGGUGAUCAGAGUGGAACCUAAUGGUGACAGUGGCGACACCCAGGCAGGGGUGGCCAGGCAACAGAUUAUUAACGUUCAGGGGGAUUUUGAUGUUGGUAAAGUUUUGGCAGCUAUUGCAAACCACCAUGCUAAGAGUCAAGGCGAGAGUGAAAACCAGACCGAGGCGCCGAUUAUACUGAUAGCCAACUCCCAGGAGGAACAACAGCUGUCCGGAGGUGACAUUCCUGUGGCCACCACGGAGACGAUAGUUGACAUGGCAGGUUAUGAAGAUGGGUCGAGGAAGAGAGCAAUGUAUACAAUUAACCAGGAUGGAACUCCUAGCAAAAUGAGAAUCAUUGAAUUGUCCAACGUGGCCUCCCAUAUCAUUAACAGUUCAUCCCCUGCUACAGCUCAGUCUCCGCAGCAAUCCACAAUGGCAGCUAUGUUAGAGAAAUAUGCAGACAAAGGACCAUGUCCUAUUUGCGGGGACAGAGUUUCAGGGUUCCACUACGGUAUUUAUACAUGUGAAAGUUGCAAAGGUUUCUUCAAGAGGACGGUGCAGAACAAGAAGGAUUUUUCUUGUCAUCGGAAUGGGGACUGCGAUGUCAAUGUGAUGAACAGAAAAAAGUGUCCGUCUUGCAGGUUUAAGAAAUGUCUGGAGGGCGGCAUGAGGCUGGAAGCCAUACGAGUAGAUCGUACUAGAGGAGGCAGAAGCUCGUACAGUUCACCCGGAAGUCUCACUUCAUCACCGUCAAAUCUCCAACUGACGCCUUUACGGACGCCCCCCAAUGCACAAACAGCCAGUGCCAACCCGAGCUUGGUGGCCAUCUUAAAUCGUCCCUUGGGCUCCACUCUCAAGUCUCCCAGUGCUGUGGUCCCCGUGCUCCCCUCCAUAGUGACUGAGAUCAUGAAUGUGGAGUCCCUACUGUCUGACGAGGAACCUGUGGCCGCAUGUUGUCAGGAUAGGAUGACUGCCUCAGAUAGAGACCAGUACAACUCCCUACUUCACCUAGCUGACCACAGGUUGUAUAAAAUAGUGCGAUGGGCAAGGAAUCUCCCCGAUUUUGCUGGAAUAGAGACCGAUGAUCAGAUCUUGAUGCUACAGAAUGCAUGGUCGGAGCUGCUCCUGGUGGGCUGCUGCUGGCGGUCCAUUGGCGUCCAGAACCAGCUUCUGUUGUCCAACGGCAAGCUGAUGACCCUAGAGAUGGCGCGGGCCAUUGAAGUAGAGGAGACGUUUACACGUCUUUUGAACUUAACUCAGCACCUGCGCAGGUUAAAAGUGGAUAAGCAUGAGUAUGCCUGCUUCAAGGUGCUAGUGUUAAUAUCACCAGAUAUUGAUGGUUUGAAGAAUCCAACCAGCAUCCGUGAAUAUCAAGACCACAUCAACGAGGCUCUCCUCACUUACACCUCUACACACUUCCCAGAAAUGCCAACGAAAUUUGGCGAACUUCUUCUGCGCAUUGGAGAGCUCACGCAGACAGCAGUCAUAGCCAAAGAACAACUGGUCAGGAAGCACAUGGCAGGAACAAUCCCAACAUUCAGUCUGUUAACGGAACUUAUCAAAGGAGAUAGCAUCCUCUCAGCAGCUUCUCAACUCUAAAAUGGCCAUUCUUGAUGCCAGACCAUUGUUCGGCUGGAUCCAAACUGGUAUAUGUAUAGUAAUAUUCACCACUGGUUGAAUAUUGAUUUAUUUUAAAAGAUGUUGACUUAAAUUUCACCAUUAAUAUUCUUUUUUCCAUUGAUUCAAUGCUAAAAUUAGAAUUUAUUGAGAAUAUUUAGCUGGUUAUCUAGACUUCAACCAUGUCUUCCUUAGUCUAUCUUGAACACGGCUAAAAAUGACCUUUAAAUAACCAUUGUUAUGACACAUCUUUGAAUAUUACAGAGGACAUUUCACAUCUUAUUUAUUCUUUGUUUUAAUUCAUUUGCUUUAAUAUGGGGACCAAAUUCACCUUUUCUGUAAAUACGUGAUUGUGGAAAUUAUUUUAAAAAGGAAUCCUAAGUGUUUUUAUGUAUGUUUCUAAAUUUUUCUUGGGAGCAAAUUCCUUAGAAACAUUUGAAUGGUGUUGUCUACGUGGCUUGAGUCCAGUGAAUCUCAAAUUGUACAGUCUGCUAGGCAAUGGAAAUAGCAGAGAAGUACCCAUUCACUUUCGUGACUGAAAUAAUUUAUAAUUUAGUCCUGUAUGAAAUUGCAUCCUGAAGAUUUUUGCUAGAAUGACAGUGAAUUUACACAUAAGUUUUAUUGAAAGUAAUUCUCGUGUUAGUCUGGUACUAAACAUAUUUAAUGCAUCUAGAUCUGUAUGAUGCAUAAGAUUAAAGCAUUUUUCAUAUUGAAAGGUACAUACAAGGUCAUGUUCAUAGGUCCCCCACAUAAACCCAGGGAUGGAAAUUGGGUUUGAUAAGAAUUUACUGGAAAUCUGAGAAUCUGUAAAACUUUGAAUUAUCUGAACAGCAACAACCGUGGAAGCAUUUUAUUGUCUUGCCUCCAAAGCAACUCAUAAUGUGUAAAGGAAUGAUUAUGAGUUGCCCAGAUGAUAUUUGGUAGGUAAUUUUCCAGAUUGGUAAUAGUGGAUGUUUAAGUUUGGUAGAUUUCAAGGUAUUUCACCUUUGUAUCAUUAAGUAUCAUUGACAUUUGACAGAUUAAUUGAUAUUUGUCAUUUCACUCUUAAUCUGAUGCAUCUAAUCUUUAUCUUUAUGCAGGUUUUAAUAAAAACAUUUUCGAUUAAUUGUA